CUCAGCAAAGUGCCAACUAAUUCCAGGUGACUCGGAGUCGGCAAAUGGCGACGUCGAAGAAGGCCGUAUACGUUGCCGCGACGCGCCAGCACGUCGGCAAGACUAGCACAUGCCUGGGUUUGCUGCAGGGCCUCACGAACCGAUUCGACCACAUUGGCUUCCUCAAGCCUGUUGGACAGCAGUCGGUGAUCGUCGAGAACAACAUUCGCGUGGACAAGGACGUGCGCGUUGCCAAGGAGAUAUUUGGGCUUACCCGAUGCGACUAUGCCGACAUGAGCCCGGUUGUGAUCCCGCCUGGGUACACGCGGGACUUCCUCGAUGGCAAAAUCACGCUCGAGUCCCAACUGUCCAAGAUUCGCUCUAGCUUUGACCGUAUCACGUCUCAAAAUGAUUUUACAGUCGUGGAAGGCACCGGCCACACGGGCGUGGGGUCCAUUGUGAACGUCAACAAUGCCCGCGUGGCAGCCGAGCUAGGUGUGGACAUGGUUCUUAUUGCAAACGGAGGCAUCGGGUCUGCUUUCGACGACUUGUCGCUGAAUCGCGCUUUGUGCCAGCAGUACGGCGUCCGCGUCCGUGGCGUCAUCCUGAACAAAGUUCGACCGAACAAAGUUGACAUGAUGUGGGACUACUUUCCGAAAGCGCUCCAAGAAUGGGGCAUCCCGCUCCUGGGUGUUGUUCCCGACCUCCCGCGCUUGGCCCAGCAUUCCAUGAUGGACUUUGAGCACCUCUUCAAGACAACAUUGCUCAGUGGCCACUCUCGCCGGAUGAAGCAGUACAACGCAGUCAACUUGGUCACGUCGGGGCUGCGGCGGUUCUUGGUCGAGUUGUCGUCCAACCAGUUCAACGACACGCUGUUUGUCGCUCACGCAAGUCGCAACGACAUCAUCCUCGGAUUUCUCUCCCACAGCCAAAACUACGAGCUCAAGACAGGCCAAGAGUUUGGCGGGGGACUCAUCUUGACGGGACUGCCGCCAAAGGACCAGCCGCAGGACUACACGAUGGACAUCAUCUCGCGCGCGAAUCUUCCUGUGCUGUACGCGCCGUACACGACCUUUGACGCGAUGGACAUGAUGGGCAAUUUUACAGCCAAAUUCAACGCGACGGACGUGACCAAAGUGCUAUCGUGCGCAAAGCACUACGAGCAAUGCAUCGACUUUGACAAGUUGCUCUUAAACACUUGUUAGACAUAACGACGAAUCCGCGUGGCGAUGGGGAUGCGGCACUGGGGACACUCGGUCAAUUUGGCGGUGCACGUCGUGCACGUCUCAUGGCCACAUCCAAACACUGUGUCUUUAACGUGUUCCUCGCAAAUCACACACAACGUCGCUUCCUCCAGCGCCUGGAUGCGCUCGAGCAGUUCGUCCACGUUGCUCGUCUUGCCCACGGGGUGCAACUCGAUCCCGCACAUUUGGCACACAGUCUGCGUCACGUGGUUCACAUACGUGCAGUGGGCGCACGUUUUCACGUCGGUGGAGGCACCAUAGCCCGCGACAGUGCUCUCGAUGAGCAUGUUCUGAGCCUCGGGAGACUUGGCAACGUCAUGGGCCACCAGCCCGGCCUGUACAGCCCGUGAGAAUCGGUAUUCCAUCGUGGCGUGAGCAAUCUAUUCUACC